CCCACAAUAAAUUACUAGUACUUUGCGCUGCCAGCCAGAAUGAAGAAACAACGAAAUCCCUCUCUGGAACACCUAAAAACUGCAGCUGACAUAAGAGAAGUGUCGUGUAAAAAAACCUGCAGUUUAAAAGUAACAAAGUUUCUCUGACUGGGGAAAAUAUUAGCCAUGUCUGCAGCUGGAUCAGGCGAGCGUGGAUCCCGAGAAGCACGGGGAAGUGUGCAGACCGAACGACCACGACGCAGAUCGAGACGCAGCAGUGUAUCGGGAGAUUACCCCCGACGAGCUUCGUAUUCCGAUCGCUCAUCCAGGACACCCCUUGGAGACGAACUAAGACUCUUGGGAUGGACAGUAGCGCCUGCGGUUGUUGCUCAUCCACUCAAUUAUGCGCAAGUUCUGAUGCAGGUAGGAUACGAGCCCUUUCCGCCUCGAAUUGGGGAAGAUUUCCUGGGAAGACCGGUAGCAAACUUGGCUUCGGUAUUUGACUAUUUGGUGCAUAUUCGCGAGCAUGACGGAUAUAAAGGAUUGUUCCGUGGAAUCGGACCCAGCGUGACGCAUAUUGUGGUUGGCAUGUAUGUAGCGCGUUUGGCAGAAAAGAUCGUGAAUUUCCUUUGGUACGAAGUCUUAUUUGUGCGACGGAGUUCGAGAAAUCGCGGGCGAUUCCCAUUUUCCAUAUCCAAGCUGGAAACAAUGGGAUCUUUGGUGGAAAACGUCAUCCGUUUCGAACCAACGGAGAAGAUCACCACUUCAUCCUCCUAUGGUCUGAAGGCGUUUGUUGAAGAUGUCAUAAAGGAAAGUGCAAUUGUAUCGAUUUCGACCGCCGUUGCCUGGCCGUUUCAUGUUAUCGCACUUCGGACAAUGGCGCAAUUCGUCGGCGGAGAGAAAAUUUACAAUGAUAUUGCGUCUUCUAUCCGGGAAAUACUUAUAAACGAAGGCUUUACUGGAUUUUUUGCGGGUUUAUUGCCGGGCUGGUUAAACGCUGUGUCCAUAACCGUGCUGUCGAAUUUGUUAGUUUACUCGUACACGGCAACGAACUUGAAAAGCCUAACUGGAAUUAAUUUGGUUCGAUUAACGGCAGCUGCUGGCAUUUCCGAACUGUUUUAUCCGCUGAGACUGGUCAGCCGUUUAUCAGCAAUCAGCGGUGCUCGUUUAGCUGCUGCCAAACCGCCAUUCAUCCCUAAAGUUUCGUAUUCAUACCAGUUGUAUGAGCAUAUGAAUCGCCAUGGCCAAGCGCGCCGAGGAAGCAAUUUGUUUUAUCGGCAAAUGGCCAUGCCGGAGUCGUUUGCUAUGUCUUUUGACGUUAGAAAACCCAAAGAUAGCGAUGCAGCGCUGGCAAGCGAUAAGAUUUCUAAAAGAUUCUUUUUUCCGUUUAGAUUUUUACAGUGAGAUACCUGUAGUGCUAUCGUUAUUCUAUAAUCCGUGCUCUUGAUCUUUGUAAGCGGCAGUGGCAUAUCACGUUUGUUUUAACAUUAUACGAGUAACAAGCAAGCUGCAAGA